AUGAUGAUGAGUCAGAGUCAGAGUCAUCAUUCCCGUAGGAUGUUGCCACCUGUCAACACGAGAAAGCGCAAACACAAUGAAGCUGAUAAGCCUGCUAAGCCGGAUAAGCCGAUAGGUUCUAACAAGCUUCUAGCCGGCUAUCUAGCCCACGAAUUCUUGACGAAAGGGACUUUGCUUGGACAGAAGUUUGAUCCUAAGCUAUCCCGAGCCGGUAUUUAUCCUGACUCGCGAGUUGGCUCAGGCGAGUACUUGCAAGCCGAAGGUUCAGAUGUGAGAGAGGAGCAUGAGAGUUUCGGUGAGGUAGCAAGCAUAAUGAAGAUGGAUGGGACCCACAUAAAGGGGAUUGUGAACCCGACACAGCUCUCUCAGUGGAUUCAUAUGUAA